UAUUCGAUCCUUUGUGAAAUCAGACUCUUCCCACAUCCCUGCAAGGAGCCUGGGCCGUGGGCGGCUCUAGAUCUCUGCCCUGGGAACGCAACCUCCCGAGGCUCCGGGCUCGCCACUCUGUUUCGCGAGGCUCCCCAGGCACUGACACUCACAUGAACCGCGUCCGGCUGGAUCCUCUUAGCUGCUGUGCAACGGUUCCGAACCAAUCCAGCAGCGUUUUAAAAGGUAGCAAAGCCGAGAUAGAUGCCUUUUCUUUUCUUUUUCUUUUUUUCGUUCUCUGUCUUCUUAUUGUUUUAACUAACCUGUCAUUUCUGCUUGGAGGGUCCAAGAAGAACCCACGACCUCUUUACUGUGUCUAACCCACGGAUUUCAAAUGGGGCUUUUCAGAAUUUAAGUAUGGUCCCCCUAAUUGGUAGUCAAGAUUGCUGAGUCUUCAAAAAUAACCCUUUCCAUUUUCUGUAAUUAGAGACCCAAAGAAACUCUGGAUUUUCCACGGUACAUAAUCUAUAUUUAUUCAUAUUCUAUCUCUCUCUCUCUCCCUCUCCCCCCCACCCACUUCCUCGUGCGCGUGUAUGCGCGCGCUUGUGCGUGCGUUUCCUUUCAUUCCUAGCAUUAGGAAACUCGUUCAGGGCCACUGAAAAGUCAGGAGAGGCUCAAAUCUGAUCUCCCACGGAUUCUUACCUCUAAUGUCAGAUAACGCCCGGAAACGUUGCCACCAAAUAAGUAUGAGAGUAUUAUUUUGGAAAAACAGUUAAUCCCUACCAAAAUAUAAAGCGCCAGAGGAAAGAAGGGGAGACUGGAAGACAAGGAAGCUCUUUGCAUUCGCUGGUGGAGGAAAGUGCGAUCUGGGGAGGGGCUGGGGGGUUCCAGUCCGUAUACUUCAGCACCGGAGGGGAUGGACAGCGUCUCCGGACUGGUCCGCAGCCACAGGGACAGAACUGCGCUGCCCUUGCCGCCACUGUCGUCGCCACGGGCAUCUGGGCUCCCUGCUCCUUGCAGCUAAAAGGCGGUGCCUCCUGAUACCCCUUGGUCCCCCCUUUCUUUCCUUGAUAGACGGAAAGUAACCCUCCUUAUCCACCUGCUACAACUACUAUACAGGGCUCUGAGGAGUCCUCUUGUUCCACAGAUCAAACUCUCAGCAACAACUUCAAGAAUAAUUCUCCGUAGGGGGCUGGGAGGAAUGAAAGCAGGAGCCUGAAGUUGAAGUUCUUAGAGGCUCUGAAAAACCAUGGGCUCUGCAGAAAGGGUCGAAGUGCUCAAAGGCCUACACUUCAUGAAAUAAACAGAAUGCUCACGGAGAUUUCCAACUAUUUUGGAAACAGCUUUGUGAGAGGAGGUUCCAGAUCUACUCACAUCCCUACAUUAGAGAAACUGAAAGACUUCUAAUUCCUUUACUUGGCUGACUAUUCUCCAGAAUGUUAAGAUUGCCAGAGAAGUGACCUCUGAAAAAGGAAAACAUUGCUCUACCUAAAUUCAGACGACAUCCUUCACGGUGCCGUAGCACAUGGAUUUCAGGACUGCCUGUGAAGAGACAAAGACAGGGAUUUGUUUGCUGCAGGAUGGUAAUCAGGAGCCUUUCAAAGUCCGACUGCACCUAGCCAAAGAUAUUUUGAUGAUCCAGGAACAGGAUGUGAUAUGUGUGUCUGGUGAGCCUUUCUAUUCUGGUGAAAGAACGGUGACCAUUAGAAGACAAACUGUAGGAGGAUUUGGAUUAAGCAUAAAGGGGGGAGCAGAACAUAAUAUUCCAGUUGUCAUUUCAAAAAUCUCCAAGGAGCAAAGAGCGGAACUUUCAGGACUGCUUUUUAUCGGAGAUGCUAUUCUACAGAUAAAUGGAAUUAAUGUGAGAAAAUGCAGACAUGAAGAAGUGGUUCAGGUGCUUCGGAACGCUGGAGAAGAAGUGACCCUAACAGUGUCAUUUUUAAAAAGAGCACCUGCUUUCCUCAAACUCCCACUGAAUGAAGAUUGUGCAUGUGCUCCAAGUGACCAGAGCAGUGGCACCUCCUCUCCACUUUGUGACAGUGGCUUGCAUCUCAACUAUCAUCCCAACAAUACAGACACACUGUCAUGUUCUUCUUGGCCAACAUCUCCAGGCUUGAGAUGGGAAAAGCGAUGGUGUGACCUUAGGCUGAUCCCGCUGCUUCAUUCACGUUUCUCUCAGUAUGUGCCUGGGACAGAUUUGAGUCGGCAAAAUGCUUUUCAAGUCAUUGCUGUGGACGGGGUCUGCAGUGGGAUUAUUCAGUGCCUCUCUGCUGAAGACUGUAUUGACUGGCUACAAGCAAUAGCAACUAACAUUUCAAACCUCACAAAGCACAAUAUUAAAAAAAUCAACAGAAACUUUCCUGUAAACCAGCAGAUAGUCUACAUGGGCUGGUGUGAAGCACGGGAGCAAGACCCUCUACAAGAUCGUGUGUACUCACCAACAUUUCUAGCCCUGAGGGGAUCAUGUCUUUACAAAUUUCUGGCACCUCCAGUGACAACGUGGGACUGGACCCGAGCAGAGAAAACAUUUUCAGUUUAUGAGAUUAUGUGCAAGAUUCUCAAGGACAGUGACCUGCUGGACCGGCGGAAACACUGCUUCACGGUGCAGUCUGAGUCUGGGGAGGAUCUCUACUUCUCCGUGGAGUUAGAGUCUGACCUCGCCCAGUGGGAAAGAGCCUUCCAAACAGCAACCUUUCUGGAGGUGGAACGGAUACAGUGCAAGACAUAUGCAUGUGUGCUAGAAAGUCAUCUAAUGGGACUCACGAUUGACUUUAGCACAGGAUUUAUCUGCUUUGAUGCUGCAACAAAGGCUAUACUUUGGAGGUAUAAGUUUUCUCAGCUUAAGGGUUCUUCAGAUGAUGGCAAGAGCAAAAUCAAAUUUUUGUUUCAGAAUCCAGAUACUAAGCAGAUUGAAGCUAAGGAGCUGGAGUUUUCAAAUCUUUUUGCUGUUCUUCACUGCAUUCAUUCAUUCUUCGCUGCCAAAGUAGCUUGUUUGGACCCUCUCUUCUUAGGCCACCAGACUACUGUUUCUGCUGCUGCGAGCUCUGCUACUACAAGCAAAGCAAAGUAUACAACUUGACAUAUGGAGCUUUGCAUUGCCACUUACCAUGACUAUAUAAAGAGAAUAGACAUCGUCAUCAUUUUAGACCCUGGAGAAACAAUGAUACCAUCAAGUCAAC